CACGGAGUGGGAGAGCGUCUUCAUCACUGCGAUCUCGGGCAACCAGAUUACCCUCGGCGGUGGGCUCAGGUAUUCGUUUCCGAAGUACAGCAAUGUCCACAUUCAGUGCACCAUCACGGAUGGGAGCGACCUGAGCUUCAAGUACCGCAGCUCGCAGUGCGGCGGGGAGGUCAAGCAGUGCGGGUGUGGCGCCGUCGCGUGCUCUCACACGACGAAGUGCGACCUGACCGACCCGCUCCUGCCGGGCGGCACCUGCAGGGAGCUCGAGCGCUACCCGGAGCACCCGACGCCGGCGCCGACCGUCGGGGCGAAGGGCGACCCGCACCUGGUGAACCUGGCGGGCGAGCACUUCGACAUUAACCACGGGGGCAGGUUCAUGCUGCUUCGCCUGCCCCAGGCUGCCGACCAGGCCGCCGACGUAGAGGUCAACGCCGUCGUCACCCCGGAGUGGGGAAAGCCCUGCAUCACGUACAUCACGCAGGUGGAGCUCUCAGGCAAGUGGCUCGACGGCAAGAGGCUGCAGGUGCGCUGCUUCCUGCGCGAGCGCGAGGGGGCCGACGGCGCCGAGGGGGGCCAGGGCGGGCAGCUCCUCGGCAUCCGCACGCUCGACCGCGGCGACGAGGAGGAUCAGGUCCCGUGGAUCAACAUGACCGACUUCCCGGAGGAGAGCCACCUGUCCCACCCCGACUCCGAGGUGGAGGUCAGGCUGAUCAAGACCCAGUGGUUCCCGAAGAGCCCGAAGAAGGCGGCAGGAAACCCGGGCGUCGCUGGGCAGUUUCAGUUCAACCUGAGGGACAAGCGGAACUCGGAUGCCGCCAAGGUCGUCAUCCGCCAGGACUUGCCGGCCCAGGAGCACCUGAACAUGGCGGUGCGGCGCCUGAGCGUCCUGGGCCGUGCGGAC